CCAAUGGCUCUGGCCUUCUCCCACCCGCGGCGCAUCUGGCCAUAUCUGCUGAUUCUCAGCGUCGCCCUCCCCCCAGUCUGCAGAGAUCAAUUCCCCGAUUGGGGGCACUGCCGUGUCUGCCGUGGUGUCUCUGAGGUCUGCCCUGGUCUAGACCCUUCUGGAAGCAAAGCAGCCGCAUGCUGCGAGAGAACAUGCAGGCCCCUUCUCCCUCCUUCCUCCUCUCCUUCUUUCUCUUUCGACUUCAGCCAUGGAACCUGUGUCUGUUUCUCGUGGUCGAGAUAACCACGCUGCCUUGUUUGACACUUGGGGCCUUUGCUGUCUGUUAUUUUCGAUUCGUGUAGACCAGUGACAAUAAAACCAUGAUUCCUUUUUUUUCACUAGCUCGCCGGGUGCCCAUCUGUUUGACUGACCAUGGUGACAGGCAUCUGUCUAGAUAUUCAGGAGGCGAAGAACAUCUCGAAUAGGGACCGACAGCUCAGCACACGAUUGACGGGAUCUGCUCCGAAGCAUUUGCACCCACCAUCUUACCCAGCCUCCCGUCUUCAUACUGUCUGACCAACCAUAGCAGACCGGGAGAUACUCCGUAGCGUCGUGAAUGGAUCAAGCAGCCCUGUCUCUACACUGUACAGUACAAUACACACCCGUCCAGUUGGAACCAUCUAGGCCCUACACCGGUCUCCUGUCCCCAUCCACCCCCGUACCGUCUCCCAAGAACCAAGUUGAACGGCACCGUUGAGCACUGAAGGCGCCUGUCUGUCCCUGACAGCCCGGGCACGUGGAGCCGAUACUUCGGAUAUCCUGGCUCCAUCGUUCGUCUCCCGACCUUGAAUUUGCACCUCCAUCCCGCGCCAGACAUUUUGGUCAAGAGGCUUGCCGUCAAAGCCAUUUUCAUGGCAACGCCGCCGUCCCAUCGGCCUUUGAGGGCCCUUCUUCCCGCGGACGCGGAGGGAGCCGGGAGUGAGCGCGGAGCCUUGUCUUCGGCUUCGUCCAGUCUCGGACCCCGACCAACAUUGGUCGAGCUAGCACCUCGGCGGCGGACCGCAAGAGCCGCAUGUAUCGAAUGUCGCAAGCGGAAAACAAAGGCAAGGAACCGUCGCCAUGAAAGAGGGCUGUUUUGGUGCGAGUGCUCGCUAACCUGUGCCUGAUGGGUCCCAGUGUACUGCUGAGCGACCUCGUUUGUACUCGCCGCAACUCUGACUGCGAAUAUGACGCGGGCGGCGAUGAAACUCCCGGAAAGGCUCUGAAGCGACGUUUUGUUGACCUGGAGGACAAGGUGAACAUUUACGAGCAGGUCUAUGCCAUCCUCAGGUCUCGUCCACAGCAUGAGGCCAACUCGGUCUUCAAGCGAAUCCGAACCGGUGACGACCCGCAGAGCAUCCUUCGGCAUGUUGAGCACGGCGAUCUUCUUCUCCAGCUCAGAGUUGUCCCGGAAUCCCGAUACCGCUACGAAUUUCCCUUCAUGUCCCCGCUCCCCGCCCGGCUGCAGACCCAGGACAACCCCUAUUUAGGAUCGCUCAUAUACGAGUGGGAGGUUGAGCGCCCUAGAUCCCCCGUCAGGUCGCCGAAACGAAGAGGCAAGCAGCUGGAAACCGACCGGUCAGCAAGUGAAGAGUCUACCACGCCGGGCCCCGGUCCCUAUGUGAAGCCGUUUCAUGCCGCCGAAGUGCAUGACCCUCUUAUCGACUCGGCCGAGCCGUCAAAAUGGACCGGCGUCACGACGGAUAAUACUCUUCUUCGAAGUCUCUUGAGGUCCUAUUUCCUACACGAGUACCAGUGGUUCUCGGCAUUUCAGAAAGAAUACUUUCUCUCCGAUAUGAUUGCAGAUCGACGUCAAUUUUGCUCCCCCUUGUUGGUCAAUGCCGUUCUUGCCCUUGCUUGCCACAGCUACCGCGAAUUAACGGACCGGGCCGAGUUCUGGAACCCUCGAACACUUGGCUAUGGCUUCCUGACCGAGGCCAAAAGCCAUUGGGAGUUGGAGCAGGCGGGAAACCGAGGCAAGCUCACAACGAUUCAAGCUGCCAUCAUCCUCAACAUUGUGUAUAACUUGAAUGCCAUGGUCAAGCUUGGAUGGCAAUACACGCUCCAGGCGAUUGAUAUGGCACACAAGAUGAAGCUGUUCAAGAAGCCUGAGAACUGGGAAACGUUGAAUCCCAGGUUAAGGGCUGGCCGAGAUUUCACGGCAUGGAGCCUAUUUGGCUGGCAAAGCCACUGUACCUACACUUUGUUUGAGAAGCCACUCGUAGACGACCCCCCGGAGGUGCCGCUGCCUGCCAUCACAGCUGACUCGAGUUGGUAUGGCGAGGUGUGGCUCAAGUACCCCCUCGAAAGAAUCCUGUAUCCGAGCCAUUUUGCAGAAUUUUACAAGGCCAACACAGAGUUUCGGGUGAUAUUGAACGACAUUUCCAAAACGUUGCACGGGGAGGCAGGGCAGAGUCGAUCACCACCAGCCGAAUCCAAGAUUGCUGCGCUUUACUGGAGAUUGCAAGCAUGGUAUGCUGCGCUGCCCGAAUCACUUUCGCCAAGGACGAUUGUGUUUACUGCGCAGAUGAAGCUUCACAUGCAUUACCACCAUGCCAUUGUUACCAUGCUACAAAGCCUCAUGACCGGCGUAUCAGAUAUUACGAGCUCAGCUCCGGCUGCGUCUCCGGCGUCAGCGGCGUUUCCAGCACCGUCACAAAACGUCCUCGCUAUUUCUUCUCUUUUGAACAGUGACCCGCCAUCAGAACCAACAGGGCCACCACUUCCACCCCUCCAGGCCACAUUCUCGUUGCACCGAACACAGUACGAAACGCUGCUCAGGUUGUACUACCUUCGCCACGGAUUCGAAGCUCUGGACGUCUUCAUCAUGGUGUCACUCAUGACACUCGCGUUUAUCACAACCAAAGAGCUCGAAGACACCCGUCUCUCCUUGGCCCAGCCGCCUUCCGAAGAACAAAAAGCACACAUUGAUUCCCUACGAGCCACCCUUGUCCUGUGCACCAGAGGGCUGUACGACCAAGGGAAGAGUUACUAUCUGUCCCAGACCAUCUUUCGUCUAGUACGAAGUGGGAUGCAUGUUGACGAGAAGGAGCUGCUCCGCGAAUAUGCCUCUCUACCUGACGAGGAAGACAGCGCGGAUGCGAAGAUGAGAGAAGAACUAGCCCAAAGGUUGUGGCCGCAUCCCCACCCCCAGGCGCAGAACGACGGGCAGGAAGACGUCGAGACGGAACAUGCAUCCGGGCCAGCGGCUCAGGAACAAGAGGGAUGGAAAGUGCUGGAUGUGUUAUUGAAGAAAUAUGGCGAGGUCAGGAUGGAAGCUCCGGAGAGCGGCGACUCAGAAGAUCAGGGGUAGGUGCCUAGGUAGGUAGGUACCUAGGUAACAUGGCCAGGUAACAACAAAACUGGGUAUUUAGGAAAACAACAAGACUCUGCUUACAAAGAGGCUUUAAUGAAGCUGUUCAGAGAUGA